AUGUUGACCACCGGACGCGGCAGCAUUGCCCAGAUCCAUUACACUGGAGAAGAAGCUGCGGGUGAGAUCAACAAGCUCCUCAGCGCAGUCGUAGAGAACGAAGAUGACUUCGAGAGAUGGGAGGCGCUCGUCACUCGUGCCUCUGACCUCGAGGGUGGCGUCACCCGCAAUUCCAGCCCGUCCGCCAUCGAACUCGUGCGCAACGUAUACGACUGCUUUCUGACCAAGUUCCCACUGUUCUUCGGAUACUGGAAAAAGUAUGCUGAUCUCGAGUUCUCUAUCGGCGGCACCGAGACUGCUGAGAUGGUCUACGAGCGUGGCGUCUCGUGCAUCACACCCUCAGUAGACCUGUGGGCCAACUACUGCACCUUCAAGAUGGACACAUCGCACGACAACGACAUUAUCCGAGAUUUAUUCGAGCGCGGUGCCCACUUUGUUGGUCUCGACUUCCAGAGCCACCCAUUCUGGGACAAGUAUAUCGAGUUUGAAGAGCGCAUCGGAGAGCCAACCAAUGUCUCCAAGAUCUACAGCCGCGUGCUACAUCUUCCCAUCUAUCAGUUCGCCCGAUACUACGAAAAGUUCUCCGUCCUGCUUAACAACCGACCAGUCGAUGAGUUGGUCGAUCCCGAUACCCUUGAGACGAUGAAGAACGCCGUUGAGCUGGAGAACCAGGGACAGCCCGAGAAGCCAGUGCUUGAGGUGGAGCGACAACUGCGUACCAAGAUUCACGAGUACUACUACGCCGAAUACACAAAGACGCAGCAGGACGUGACGAACCGUUGGACCUUUGAACAAACCAUCAAGAGGGCUUACUUCCAUGUCACAGAGCUUGAAGAUGCGGAGCUCGAAAACUGGCGAAAGUAUCUGGAGUACGAGGAGAAGCAAGGCGACUUCGAGCGCACCUCCUUCCUGUACGAGCGCUGUCUUGUUGCUUGCGCGCUCUACGACGAGUUCUGGCUACGAUAUGCCCGUUGGAUGUUCUCGCAGGGCAAAGAGGAGAAUGCGAGGAUCAUCUAUAUGCGAGCCAGUUGCAUAUUUGUACCUAUCUCGGCCCCUGCAAUACGCCUGAACUGGGCUCGCUUCGAAGAAAAGCUUGGUCGUAUCUCUGUCGCUCGCGAUAUCUACUUGUCCAUGCUGGACGAGGCCCCCGAGCACACCGAGACCCUCAUUGCUCUGGCGGGUGUAGAGCGGCGCCACGAAGGCAACGACGCUGCGGUCCGUCUUUUGGAGGAGCACAUUGGCCGUGCAAACAACCACAUCGGUGGCAUAUUGUCUGCCGAGCAGGCGCGUAUACUCUGGCAAUGCAAGGGCAGCGUCGACGAGGCCCGCCAAGUGUUCAAGGACAAGCACGAACGAUUCCCAGACUCGCGCGAGUUCUGGGUCAAGUACCUUGAGUUUGAAGUCGCUCAACCCUCGCCCGAUCAGGAAGAGGCUCAUACUCGGAUAAAGGCAGUUCACGAGCUCAUGCGCACUAAAGGACGCUUCUCACCAGACGUCUCCAAGGAACUCUCGCACUACUACAUGGCUUAUCUUCUGGAUCGUGGAGGCAAGGGCGCAGCCGAGGAGUACAUGCAGCUGGAUAAGGAUGUCAACGGGUAUGUAUCAUCUGCUAAGAGCGACUCCUCCCAAAUCCCUCCCCAGAAGAAACGGAAAAGCCAGCCUCACAACGCAGCAAACAAACGUCAGCGCAAAUAG